AUGUUUAACUGUGGUAAGUGUCCUGCGGUAUUCAGCCGAAAGUAUAAUUUGGAUAGACACGAGAAAACGCAUAAUGCAGUCCGCCUCUCUUGUCCAUCUUGCAUUUUAGCAUUUUCCGACAAGUCUAACUUGGCGCGCCAUAUGAAGAUCAAACAUGGUAUUGCUCGUAUACCUACAGUACACUAUAAUGAGGAAGUUGUUCCUCCACUCCACAGUGUAUCCGUCAUUCAACCAGAACCAAUGACCGUCAGUCGAAUAAUUCCAGACGGAUACAUAGAGCUUGCUCCGCAAAUACUUGUACCAGACACUCCAGCUGGUCCAUCUAGCAGUAGUCAAGUCAUGCGGGAAUCAGCUAUUCUCCCAGUACGCGAAAACGAGCAAUGGCUUGAUGAUGAAGCGAGCGACGAAAUAUGUGUGGAAACGAUGAAAUAUGUUGAGGAUGCGGGGCUAUGCGAUGAGUCAGAUUAUUAUACUACUACAAAUAGGGGAAAGCGUAUACACGUAGAAAAUACGAAAACCGCGAAAAAUUCAAAAAAAAUACGAAUGCAGGUAGUUCAGGAGGCAGGGUUCGUUGAGAUAAGUUCUUCGCAUAAUAGGAUCGUAGUAAAUUAUUUCGCAAAAAAUGUAUUAAAUAUUCGAGAUUAUAUUACUUUUCUCGCAUCAAUUAAAUUAGAUUUAAACAAAUUAUUAAAAUCUUUUGUUCUGAAAAGUCCUAUUAAAUUUAAUUUGAAACUGGAGGCUACGUAUCACCGAAUCAACAUUGAAAACUCGUCCGAGAAUAGAUCGUUUAAGACUUCGGCUAGGGCGAUUUUCUUAGAUUCGGAUUUAUGCGAAAUAAUUGAUCAGGAGUACGGAAAACUAUUAGAGGAGGAAGAGACAUACGUUUCACGUGGAAGUGGGUUUACAUUACAAAAAAUAGAUGGCAUCAUACUAACUGUUUAUAGGUAUACACCUAUGCUUGGUGCAGGUUAUUCUAAUCGUCCUGGGUGUAUACAAAACAGCGAUAAUGAAAAUAACGAUAGAGGUGUGGGUGACGAAAAUAACGGUAGAGGUGCGGGUGACGAAAAUAAUGGUAGAGGAGUAGGUGACGAGAAUAAUGAUAGUGAAGGGGGUGACGAAAAUAUUGAAAGCGAAGAGGGGGAGGGAGAUCAGGUUAUGGAGAGAAAUGGUGUUACUUAUAUUUCUUUACCAGGUGAAAUUCAGAGAAAACGGGGGACGAUAAAUCCACAGAAUAAAGAUCGACACUGUUUCAAAUGGAGUGUUCUGGCAAAACAUGUCACUGGUAGAAACAGGUGUCGUAUCGGAAAUAAUUACCACCAACAUUCUGAAAAAUAUGACUUCUCAGGUUUAUCGUUCCCUACGCCGUUGAGCGAAGUUAAAAUUUUUGAACGGAAGAAUCCUUCUGUUAGUAUUAAUGUUUAUGGACUGGAGCAAAAAUUAAACCCCCUAUUAAAAACUAAGUCGUAUAUUGUUUUUCCGCUGAAAGUCGUCGACAAUGAGAAAGAAGAACAUAUUGAUUUACUCUACAUUACGAAGGAGGAAAAAAUGCAUUAUAUUUAUAUAAGCAAUUUUUCUAGGCUUAUUCGUUCUCAAUCGACGGGGCAUGUAGCGAGUCGCGUGUUUUGUAAGCGAUGUUUUACUUCUUUUGACAAUAGAGAGCUUAAACAUAGAAAAAAUGGUCAAGCGGGGCUUGACGAGCAUAUGAUAAUUUGUGGGUCCCAUAACGCGAUUUUACCUGUAAUGCCUAAACCCGAAGAUCAAAUCAAAUUUAAGUCAUGGGAAAAUACGGUUCGACAUCCUAUUGUAAUAUAUGCUGACUUCGAAGCGCUGUUAGUGAAGACCGAUGAGAGUAGGGGGAAUAAUACAACAGUCAUGCAUAGACAUAAAGCUAUGAGCUACGGAUUCUUGAUUAAGGCGGCUGAUAACGUAUCAAAAGAACUGUUAGAUAAAUAUAUGAUUCCGACAACACCGGUUAUUUACCGAGGAAAUGUAGACUGUGAGGAGGUAGCCAAACAUUUUGUAGACGCAAUCGUAGAUGUAGGUAGGCGGAUAGAAAAGUUACUGAAAACUAAUAUAACAUUAAUUAUGAGCGAUGAAGAAGAAAAAACACACCAAGAGUGUAAAAUAUGUAAUUUAUGUAAACGUACAGUAUUCAGAGGUGAAAAAGUUAGAGACCACGACCAUCUAACAGGUAAAUUUAGACAGACGCUUUGUUCUAAAUGCAAUCUUAUACUACAACAGCCGAAAUUUGUACCGUGUUACUUACACAAUUUAAGUAACUAUGACUCUAAUUUUAUCAUUUCUGAACUAGCUUACGAUACCAAGUCUAUUAAUGUCAUCCCGAAUACUGAAGAGAAAUUUAUUUCUUUUUCAAAAUAUUUAAGUAGUACUUUCACUAUACGGUUUAUUGAUACGAUGAGGUUUAUGGCGUCGAGCUUGGAAAGUCUUGCUGAAAAUCUUAUAACCCCAGGCCUUGACAAAUUCCGCGAGACAGGCAAACAUUUUGCUGCCGGAGAUAUGUCACUCGUUACUCGUAAGGGGGUAUAUCCUUACGAGUAUACGGAUAGUUGGGGGAAAUUAGAUGAGGAGAGUUUACCAGGGAAAGACGAAUUUUAUAGUACACUUAAAGAAAAAGCGAUUAAAGACGAGGAGUAUGAUCACGCUGUGGUGGUUUGGGAGCACUUUGCGUGUAAAACAUUAGGAGAAUAUUCUGAUUUAUACUUAAAAAUUGACGUGCUUUUGCUUGCUGACAUAUUUGAAAACUUUCGAGAUGUAUGUAUGAAAGCUUAUGCCAUCGAUCCCGCUUUUUAUUAUACUGCUCCAGGAAUGUCUUUUCAUUGUAUGUUGAAAAAGACAAAAAUUAGAUUACAGCUUUUAUCAGAUUACGAGAUGCUGUUAAUGUUCGAAAAAGGUAUUCGUGGAGGACUGGUGCAGGCGAGCAAGCGGUAUGCGACCGCAAACCAUGAGAAAGUUCCAGAUUAUGAUGCUGAGAAAGAAAAAUCGUGGUUGGUGUAUCAGGAUUGUAAUAAUCUCUAUGGUUACGCGAUGAGUCAAUACAUGCCCACUGACGGAUUUAAAUGGGUUAAACCUACGCUUGCAGGAUUAAAUGAUUUAGACGACACUUCACCUAUAGGACGUAUUUAUGAGGUGGAUAUAUCAUAUCCUAAAGAAGUGCACGAUCGGCAUAACGACUUUCCGUUUCUCCCUCAAAACGCUACCCCCCUCGGCUCAAAGGUUCCAAAACUGAUGGCAACCCUAGAGUCAAAAAAAAACUACAUUGUUCAUUACAGAAACCUUCAGCAGGCUAUUAAAAACGGAUUAAUAGUCGAAAAAGUGCAUAGAGUUAUUCAAUUCAAUCAGUCAGGGUGGUUAGCUGAAUAUAUAUUAUUGAAUACGAAUUUGAGGAAGAACUCGAAAAAUGAUUUUGAGAGUCAAUUUUUUAAGCUCAUGAUUAACGCUGUAUUUGGGAAAACCCUUGAAUCGAUGAGGCAUAGAUUAAAAAUGGAAAUCGUAGUGAGUGACAGGCGAUUACAAAAACUUAUAAACAAAUCAACGUUCAAACAUUGUACUUCGUACAAGGAAAAUCUUUCGGCUGUUUCGUUAGAAAAUAAGAUCAUUGAAUUCUGUAAACCCAUAUAUAUAGGUUUUGCGGUCCUUGAUGUUUCAAAAAGUUUGAUGUAUGACUAUCACUAUGAGGUAAUGCAGAAACAUUACGGAGACAAAAUCGACCUCAUGUAUACUGACACUGAUUCACUGGUGUACCAUAUAUUCACCGAUGAUUUUUACGAGGACCUAUUAAACUACCCUAUUUUACUUAACCGGUUGGAUACUGCAAACCUUCCACAGGAUCAUCCCUGUUAUAUCGCCGAACGUCGUAAGGUUCCGGGGUACUUUUCCGAUGAAACGAACGGGUUGAUAAUGACAGCUUUCUGCGCACUCCGUGCUAAAUCUUAUGCAUAUAAAAUCGAGGGGAGAGGAGCCAUUCAACCUAAAGAGGAGAUUAGGGCAAAGGGUAUAAGACGUCAUGUGGUUGAUAACCACAUGACGUUCGAGGACCAUCGGAGGUGUCUGUUUGGUGAACCCGGAUUAGAAGUUUAUAAACAUAAUAUUUCAAUUAGGUCAUUCAAUCACCAGCUAAUGACACUCAAUACAAAAAAAUUGUCCUACAAUAAUUAUGAUGAUAAGAGAGUCAUUCUAGAUGACAAAAUACAUACCUUAGCUCAUGGACAUUAUCGUAUAGAGUAA